AACCUCAGACAAAAAGAGUCAAAGGAUAUUGGGCGAGACGUCAGGCCGACCUCUUCCUGUUAAGGACUCCGGCGACCGGCAACCGUUCCUCCGCCCCUUCUCUCGCGACAAGUACAAGUAGAGCAAGGAUAAGAUGAUCUCCGCUAUGAGCUGCUGCCGCCUCUCCGCUCCAACCAAAAUCCCAACCUUGAGCAAGAACCCCAACGUCCCAGGCAAGCCCGCUGUCCCUCUUUACGCGCGCGCGCACUUUGGAAAGAGGAUGCAUGAAUUGCCUGUCAAGAUGCCCAAAGUGUCACCUUCCCUUUGGGUGGCAGCCAUGGCAGUGGGAAGCUUGGUUGCUGUGGAUUCUGUUGGUGCCUUGCCUUUGGAGAAUGUCUUGGAAGUACCAUUCCCCACUUUUCUAGCUGAUAUAAACCUUGGUGAUUGGUUUGGAGGUCUAUUGUAUUCGGCUGGACAACAGGCUAAUGAGGCUGUUCAGAACCAGUUGUCUGCCCUUAGUUUUACUAGUGUGGCGGUUAUUUUUGGUGCAGGUCUUGUUACCAGUUUGUCACCUUGUACUCUUAGUGUCUUGCCAUUGACACUAGGAUACAUUGGUGCUUUUGGCUCUGGGAAAAGUCGAGCUGAGGUUAUCUGGAAUUCAGUUUCUUUUUCGCUGGGCUUGGCGACAACAUUAGCCAUCCUAGGAAUCGGUGCUUCUUUUGCUGGAAAGGCCUACGGGCAGAUUGGCCAAGGCCUUCCAGUAGUUGCUUCGGGCUUGGCAAUCCUGAUGGGUUUAAAUCUCUUAGAGAUAAUCGAGUUGCAACUUCCCUCAUUCUUUAGUGAUUUUGACCCUCGGUCCGCAGCAGCUAACUUCCCCUCGGGUGUGCAAGCAUAUCUGGCUGGCCUUACAUUUGCCCUAGCUGCAUCACCUUGCAGUACUCCUGUUCUUGCCACUCUUCUGGGAUAUGUAGCAACAUCCAGGGAUCCAUUAAUAGGUGGGAGCCUACUGUUAACAUACACUACAGGCUAUGUUGCUCCUCUCCUUGUUGCAGCUUCUUUUGCUGGCGCAUUACAGAGUUUGCUUUCUUUUCGGAGGUUUUCAGCUUGGAUAAACCCUUUGAGUGGAGCACUUUUACUUGGAGGGGGUUUGUACACCUUACUAGAUAGAUUGUUCCCUGUUGCAUCGAUGGUGAUGUGACAAUCCUAAUGGGCAUCGAAGCAAAGGUGUGGAUGCUGAUGAUUUAUUUCCAUACGAUAUUUUUUGUGGGAAUAUCGUAAGGUUUGCAACAGAAGACCAGUGCGUACAAACGUUGUCAGCAUGUCUCGUUCUUUUCUUGGUUCGGGUCAGAAGCUACGCCUCUCUACCUGUGAUAUUAUUAUUGCAUUGCUGAAUCAUAUACAUGCCUUGUGUCCAUUGUUAUCUUUCGGGGCCAUGUAUCAUUAACUAUAUGAUGCAAUGAAUCAUCACAUGAUCCAUCCA